AUGUCUAAACACAGGAAGGACAAAAGUUUGUCGAAACUCGACAGCAUGGCAGAUGUUCGGGAUAUAUUGGACAUCGAGGUACCGACCACGAGUGAGUUGACGAAAGAAUCAAUUAUUGGCAGCGACAAGAAAAACCGUAAAAAAUAUGAAUACAAAGUGCCAAAGAGACCAGAGGGCAUGCAUCGUGAGGUCUUCGCAUUGCUCUGUAAAGACAAUAACGAUGUACCUCCGUUAUUUCCAACGGAUACCGCAAAAGGAUAUAAACAAGUUAGAGCAAAGCUUGGUAUGAGAAAGGUCAGACCAUGGAAGUGGACACCGUUUACUAAUCCUGCUAGGACAGAUGGUGCUGUUUUUCAUCAUUGGAGACGAGUUGCAGAUGCCGGAAAGGAAUAUCCUUUUGCUAAGUUCAAUAAAAAGGUUCCUAUCCCAACAUAUACCAAUGCAGAAUAUGUUCAACACUUAGUUACAAAUGGUUGGACUAGAGCAGAAACCGAUCAUUUGUUUGAUUUGUGUAGGAGAUUUGAUCUAAGAUUUAUCAUAAUUAAAGAUAGGUGGGAUUGUACAAAGUUUCCCGCAAGAUCUGUAGAAGACUUAAAAGAAAGGUAUUAUCAAGUGUGUGCAGCUUUAACAAAGGCAAAAUCUCACACCGACAAAGUUUAUAUAUUUGAUGCUGAACAUGAAAAACGCAGAAAGGAACAAUUAAAGAAGUUGUUUGAAAGAACACCAGAACAAGUGGAAGAGGAACAGAUGCUAUUGGCAGAACUAAGAAAGAUCGAACAAAGAAAGAAAGAGAGAGAUAGAAAGACUCAAGAUUUGCAGAAAUUAAUAACAGCUGCUGAUCACCAAGCUGAUCCAAGAAAGAAUGAAAGGAAACCUGCAAAGAAAAGUGGAGCUUCUGCUCGAAACAGGCCAAACAAAGCUGACACUUCUCAUACAGUGGAAUCAGCUGGAAUUAAGUUUCCCGAUUUUAAAAAUAGCGGUGUUUCUCUUCGUUCUCAACGAAUAAAAUUGCCAAGUAGCUUAGGUCAAAAGAAAAUGAAGGGUAUUGAACAAAUGCUCAAUGAACUUCGCAUAGAAUUAAAUCCACCGCCCACAGAACAAAUAUGCCAACAAUUUAACGAAUUAAGGAGCGAUAUCGUUUUACACUAUGAACUUCGAAGCGCGUUAUCGACGUGCGAUUAUGAAUUGCAAUCAUUGAGGCACCAAUACGAAGCUUUAGCACCCGGGAAGACAUUAACGAUACCACCUGCCCUGUUACCGAAGACCGAGCCUGAAGUUAAAGCGGACAUAAUAGACGUUGUAGGUUCACCUAGUAUGCCUUCUAUCACUCACUAAUUAAAUUGACAAAGAUUGUAAAUAAUUUUCUGUACAUUGAAAUGCAGUAUCCGAACUACGCUUAUUUAAUGUUCUUUCUCUCUUCAUGUAUAAUUUUUUUACGUUUCACCAGACAACGAUUAAAAAUAAUUUAAGGAAUGUUAAAACUGAGUUCUC